GCGGCGGUGCUGAAGUCCAAAGUUCAGUAACUUGCUAAAGCACACAGAUAAAUAUGAACCUUGGAGAAUUUACAUUUGCUCCAAUGUAAACAGAUAGCCAAGGGUCCCUUUAUCAGCACUGGCUCAGGACAGUCGUGGGGGGUCUGAAGUGGCUCAAUUUUGUAUUUUGUUUUUUUUGGGGGGUGUAAAGGCGGGAGGCCGUGCUGUGCCCACUCUCCUGACAGUCGGGCGCGUUACCUCAGGAACAUGGUGUAGGGGAGCUGGAAGCAGGAUAACCCGAAAUUCAGACCCGAGAGACACCAGGCUGAAGACCAUGGUCUCGAAGCUGACUCAUCUCCAAGUGGAGCUGCUGCAAGCGCUGCUGGAGUCGGGGCUGACCAAGGAGACCUUGAUCAAGGCGCUGAGCGAAGCGGAACCCUACGGGCUCCAGAGCGAGAGUCAGCGCGCUAUCAAUGCCCUCCAGACUGAGAAAGGGGAGCCCUGUCCCGACAUCCCCAACCUCCCCAACGGAAUGGGGGAGUCCAGGGCUUCGGAAGAUGAAACCUCAGAUGACGGAGAGGAAUUUACCCCUCCAAUAAUGAAGGAGCUGGAAAACUUGAGCCCUGAGGAGGCUGCUCACCAGAAGGCUGUGGUGGAAAGACUAUUACAAGAGGAUCCCUGGCGAGUAGCAAAGAUGGUGAAGUCUUACCUCCAGCAGCACAACAUCCCUCAGCGUGAGGUGGUGGACACCACUGGUCUGAACCAAUCCCACCUCUCACAACACCUCAACAAGGGCACUCCCAUGAAGACCCAGAAACGGGCAGCCCUGUACACCUGGUACGUCCGGAAGCAGCGAGAGGUGGCCCAGCAAUUCACACACGCUGGCCAGGGUAUACUGACAGACGAGCCCAUGGGAGAUGACCUGCCCACCAAGAAGGGAAGGAGAAACCGCUUUAAGUGGGGCCCUGCCUCACAACAGAUCCUGUUCCAAGCCUAUGAGAGGCAGAAAAACCCCAGCAAAGAAGAGAGGGAGGCACUGGUGGAAGAGUGCAACAGGGCAGAGUGUAUUCAGAGAGGUGUUUCCCCAUCUCAGGCCCAGGGACUGGGCUCAAACCUGGUGACAGAGGUCAGAGUGUACAACUGGUUUGCCAAUCGCAGGAAGGAGGAGGCUUUCCGGCACAAGCUGGCCAUGGACACCUUCAGCGGACCCCAGCCCACCUCUGCCCCUCCUCUAACCCCCCACAGCUCCUCCUCCCUCCAGCCACCACCUGCCCUCUCACCCAGCAAAGUUCACGGAGUGAGGUACAACCAGCAGCCAGCCAGCGAGGCAGAGUCCUCCAGCAGCAGCCACCAUGGGAACAGCUCCAUGGUGACCACCCAAACCAUCCUGCAUCAGGUUUCUCCCCCUGGACUGGAGCCCAGCCAGAACCUGCUGAGCACAGACACUAAGCUGGUAUCAGCCUCUGGAGGAACUCUCCCUCCUGUCAGCACCCUGACUGCCCUGCACAGCCUGGAGCAAAGCCCACACACGCUGAGCCAGCAGACCCAGAACCUGAUCAUGGCAUCCCUGCCGGGGGUCAUGGCCAUCGGGGCCGGCGAGACCCCGUCCCUGGCGCCCGCCUUCACCAACACCGGAGCCUCCACCCUGGUGAUCGGCCUGGCCUCAACUCAGCCCCAGAGUGUUCCUGUAAUAAACAGCAUGGGGAGCAGCCUCACCACCCUGCAGCCUGUCCAGUUCUCCCAGCAACUGCACCCAUCCUACCAGCAGCCCCUCAUGCAGCAAGUCCAGAGCCACAUCAACCAGAGCCCCUUCAUGGCUACCAUGGCUCAGAUACAGAACCCUCACGCUCUCUAUGGCCCCAAAUCUGAAGUGACUCAAUAUACACACACAGGCCUCUUACCACAAACCAUGGUGAUAACAGAUACAGCCAAUCUCAGCGCCCUGACCAACCUGACACCAACUAAACAGGCCUUCACACCUGACUCAGAGACGCACACCGAGUCUGGGAUGCACACACCAGUGUCACAGGCACCAACAAUUCAUCUACAGAACCAAGACACAACCAUCCAGCACCUUCAGCCAGGCCCACGCCUCACCUCCAGCCCUGCUGUGUCCUCCAGCAGCCUGGUGCUGUACCAAAGCUCCGACUCCACCAACAGCCACAGCCAGCUGCUGCCAUCCACUCACAACGUCAUCGAGACCUUCAUCUCCACACAGAUGGCAUCUUCCACCCAGUAACCACCACGAGAAGCUCCUGAGUGACUGCCACAACCAACCUGCCGGGUGCAACUCCAGCCGUGUCUGCCACCACAGCCGCACACAAACCCCUAUGCAGCUGCCUCCAGGAGGGAAAAUGUCUCAGGCUCAAGAGAGAAAACAUGGAAAGAUGAUGCUGGCACUGCUAAAAUCCACUGCCCCCCCCAAAAACCAGCAAACCUAAACCCCAGGAGCCAGCUCAGAACGGCCAGGCACCCUUUUGUGGCUGCCCAAGAAGGAAUCCCAACAGUGCCAGGAUGUGGAUGGGACUUUUGUUCAGCUUGGCUUUCAUCAAGCUGGGCUGUACAGACCUGCCAACACCAGACUAAAUCACGUAGGAAAGAGCAAAGCUGAGCUGCCUAAGAAGGGACAACACCUUUAAACACUCUCCUCUGCUGCAAGGAAGCACCAACACGAACUAUGAGAAACAACAGCACCUCGGGAGUCCCUGACCACAAUGAGAAUAACCAAGAAACAGAUUUGGGAAUGGCUUGGCACAAACCUGUCAGUAUGGGAUCAUGACAAGCUACAAACCCGUAAUUAACUACCAAAACAUCAAACAUUCUCAGUUAAAAAUGACCUGCUCCAAAAUCAUGCUAUCCUAAUGGA